AGGAAAUGCCGGCAUCAGCAUGAGAGGCUGGACUCCAGCCCAGGUCGGUCCUCACCCCCCGGGGCCGCUGCUCCGCCCGGUGCGCCUGCGAGGAGCUGCUCACUUUUCCCCCCUCGUGAGUCUUUGUUCCAAGGCGGAGAUCGCUCGGAUUCUCUAAUUAACUCCCUCCGUUCCAAAGGGGGCCGGAGGCUGGGAUGCGCCGCCAGCUUGAAAGAUGUUGACUCUCGAGUGGGAGUCGGAAGGACUGCAAACAGUGGGUAUUGUUGUGAUUAUAUGUGCAUCUCUGAAGCUGCUUCAUUUGCUGGGACUGAUUGAUUUUUCCGAAGACAGCGUGGAAGAUGAACUGGAGAUGGCCACUGUCCGGCAUCGGCCUGAGGCUUUGGAGCUCCUGGAAGCCCAGAGCAAAUUUACCAAGAAGGAGCUCCAGAUUCUUUACAGAGGAUUUAAGAAUGAAUGUCCCAGUGGCGUUGUUAAUGAAGAAACCUUCAAAGAGAUUUACUCACAGUUCUUUCCACAGGGAGACUCUACAACAUAUGCGCAUUUUCUGUUUAACGCGUUUGAUACGGACCACAAUGGAGCUGUGAGUUUUGAGGAUUUCAUCAAGGGUCUUUCCAUUUUGCUCCGGGGGACAGUACAAGAAAAACUCAACUGGGCAUUUAAUUUGUAUGAUAUAAACAAAGAUGGCUACAUCACUAAAGAGGAAAUGCUUGAUAUCAUGAAAGCAAUAUAUGACAUGAUGGGUAAAUGCACAUAUCCUGUCCUCAAGGAAGAUGCUCCCAGACAACACGUGGAAACAUUUUUCCAGAAAAUGGACAAAAACAAAGAUGGGGUCGUUACCAUAGACGAGUUCAUUGAAAGUUGCCAAAAAGAUGAAAACAUCAUGCGCUCCAUGCAGCUCUUUGAAAAUGUGAUUUAACGUGUCAAAUGCAUCCUCAAUCAAUCAGACAAAUGUGAACUAUUCUACCACACUUAAUGUUGGAGCUACCACUUUUAGCAUAGAUUGCUCAGCUUUACACUGAGGCAUAUUAUGCAAACAAGCUUUGUUUUAAUAUAAAGCAAUCCCCAAAAGAUUUGAGUUUUCCAGUUACAAAUUUGCAUCCUUUUCAUAAUGCCACUGAGUUCAUGGGAUGUUCUAAGUCAUUUCAUACCCUGUGACUCUUCAAAAGAACAGAAUCUGGCAUAGAGUUUUACUGAUUCUUUAGCCAUGGGAUUAUUGAGCUUUCACGUUAUCGGUGAUUUUAAAAUAUCAGUGUUUUUUGCUACUCAACUGUAUGUAUUCAGCCCCAGGAUUUUAAAUGGUUUUCUAAAAUAUUGGCAUCUGCAUUUAAUUUCCAGAAAUUAAUUUUCAUGUUUAUAUGCUGUAAUUCCAUUUAUAAACUAAUUUAAAAAAUCUAGAUUACUAUAAUUAAAAACAAACACACAGUCCCAGUUUCUAUGGAUUUGCUGCCUUCUGUUAAAGAUAUUCAUUUAUCUGGCAUUUUUUAUAACAUGAAACAAAUUAGUUUAUCACCAGAUGUCAGCAUAUGCCUAAUAAAGCUUAUUUAAUAAGCAUUUCUUAAUUUUUCAUAAUACAUGUUAUAGCCAAGGCCUAAUGAUACAUAUAAUUUUGAUUUCUUCAAUCCUGCAGGUUGACUGUUUUCUGUCUUGUUGUUAUGUAAAAGUCCAAGAAGAUGAGGAACAAAGCAAGGAUGUUUACAGGCAUAUGCAAAGGGUCAGGGUAUCUGUCUUCUAAUACGUGGUAAUGCUUAGUAACAAGUAUUCCCUACCAGCCUUGAGGGCCUGUUCCAUCCCCUUUCCCAUGGCUCCUUCAAGGCUCUUUUCUGUUACAUGCCAUCGGGGACACUGAAACCUGGACUAGCCCAAGGCCUACAGCGAACAGACAGCAAGCAGAAUUCACUUUGAAAGCAUCUGUGAUUCCAUUUUAUCAACAGCUACCAUACCAAAACUUUGUUAAAAAUGAAAAUAAAUGCUAAGCAAUUCAUCUGGACUGUAUUAUGAUUUAGCUCAUCAUAAAAUUCCAAUAAUUCAGAUUCUCUUUAAUGAUCUUGAGCCAAAAUUGUAAAGUUGCCACAACAUUACUUAGGAUACACACACCUUCCCUAUUUUGCAGAAAUAUCACAAAGACCAAGAGGCUACAGUGGGAGGAAAUUUGCAACUGUCUUUGCAACAAUAAAUCAGGUAUCUAUUCUGGUGUAGAGAUAGGAUGUUGAAAGCUGCCCUGCUAUCACCAGUGUAGACAUUCCGAGUAGUACAGUACAUGUACACUGAAAUUCGCCAUCCUGUGUUUGUGUAAACUCAAUGUGCACAUUUUGUAUUUCAGAGAGAAAAAAAUAAAAGCAAAUAAAAUGUUUAUAACUCUA